UCUUCAUAAUGUCACUAUCCUCUAAUACUUCAGCAGUGAAAUCUAGUGAAAUCUCUACUGGGAAAGAACUUAAGAGGAGUGUAAAGCCUAACAAGCUUAGAGCUAAAGAAUACAGAAAUAGAAAGAAGAAUUAUCUGACUAAGCUUGAGGAGAUCAACAAGAAGCUUUUAGAAGAGAAUUCAAUGCUAAAAUAAACAAAUAUGGGAGCUAAAGAAGGAGCUAAACACAUGAAAGUCUGGAGAAGAACUCAAGGAUAGCCCUAAAUUAAGAAUAGAACAAAAUGAAAAAUUCGCAUUUGCUUCCUUGCCUAAGAUGAUCAAAGAAGAUCCAGAGAACAUCAGGCACAGUCAAAUAGAAAUGGCCUUAAAUGAUCUGAGCGAGUGGGCUCCUGAUAGAGUGGAGAUUAUUAAGAAAGCCUUUGACGAUAUUUUAAAUUACAUGGUAGCAAAAGAGAACAAGUGCAUACUUGCAACUGUGAAGAAAAUGAAUGUCUCUCAAUAUAUUUAAUAGACUCGGAAGAAAGAGAGUUAUUAAGAAUAAAUGUAAAGAACUUGAUGAGCCAGGCCCAGAAGAGAUAGCCCUCAACCUAAAUUUAUCUGAUAGCUUGAUUGAGUACUUUAAAAAUAAUGGACAAGGGUUUUUACAAACUUCUCGAAUCUAUAAGAAGCUUGCAAGGCAGUUGAUAACUGUCAGAAAUGCUAUUCUUCAGGCUGGUCAAGAAAAACAAAAAUAUUAUGAGAAGACGAACAUCUUGCAAUCUCGCGCUAAGCAAGACUUUUAUGCUAUUACAGAUUUGAUCAAAAUGCUUGACGAUAGCAAACAUCUUUCUCCUCAUAGUUUGUGGGAACUCCCAGUAAGAGAUCCAGCUUCAGAUUGUUAUGAAGGAUGUGAGCUCUCUGAAUAG